AUGGCAAUGAACUCAUUACCCGCCAUUCCAGAAGAGAUUCGUCAACUCAUCGGCUCAUACCUCGACAGACAGACCCUCGGCACCAUCAUACAGGUCUCUCGUGCCCUCCACUCGUCAUUCAUCCCACUCCUAUGGAAACAAGCCGAGCUCCGAGGUGGAUUUUGGAACGAUUAUAUGGAGAGCGGAGCAGGAGCGACCUACAACAGUACCGACAACGAGGGCUUCGCCGAAAAAUGUAGGAGCCAACUGCCAUCGCCACCACCGUCGCCAGGACUCCACGCAUCGUCACCGUCGCCAUUGAUGAUGGAUCUGUCACUUCUGCAGGCGCGAUCUCGACAUAUCGAACACCUCACGAUCAGUGCUCCCAUCCCCUCGGACUAUUACAUGGUCGCCUUCCCAAGGCUCCGGACCCUCAUCCUCACCGACGACUACACCUCCACUGGGUCUCUGCAGGAUGUAGUCCAAUUGGCGCGUCUUAACCCAACCAUCGAACGGCUCGUCAUCAACGACAUCCAAUCCUCGCUCCCGGCACAGUUUUGGGAGACCAUCUUUUCAGAGUGGAAGAACCCUAAGAAACUGUGCAUUCGGUACAGUCCCAUCUCCAAGGAUAGCACCGCAGUUGCCGCGCUCUGGAGGGCUUGUACCCGGUUUGAAGAUCUCGAGCUCCAGGGCGUCGAUCUUCCACAUUACGCCACUGCAUCUUCUCCAGCCAUCAUCAUCAACAACAACAGCAUCAGCAGCAACAGCGACAGCGUUAACGAAGACGGUCCGUCUUCACCAUUGGUCAUCACGACGUUCCCAAAGGCGAAGCGAGUCCACCUAUCAAUCACCAUCAACGCACGCCAAACCCACUUAUUCUUUAACCCUUCCCAACAACUCGCCAUGAUGCAAUCCUGCCCAAACCUUCGCGAGUUCGUCUGGGACGGAUCCCAUUUCCACAUCGACCCACAACUCUCCUCCCAAUUCACCACCGCACUCCUCCCCAACAACAACUCCAGCAGCCCCAAUGACAGGACAACAUGCUGGCCACAUCUCGAAAGUCUCGUCCUGCUACACAUCUCCUUCCGCAGAAACGACCGCCUCCGCCGCCUGCGCCUCGCAGAAAUCUUGCGUGCCGUACCCGUCCUGAAAUCAUUCCAGAUCCGUGGUGGGGUAUGGGAACCCUUUGCGAUGAAUGCUUUGAGGGCACCCCGGAGACAUUUCGAGACAUUGGAGAAGGUUUCUGUACAGGGGUGCAAGGGGUUUUCGAGUAGUAUGGUUCAUGAGGUGUUGAGCCAGUGUGCGGGAUUGAGAGAGUUUUGUGCGGAUUUCAUAUAUGUUCAGGAUGUUGUUCUCAAUGUCGCAUCCUCAUCGACUCUAGCCUCAGGAACAGGAGCAUCAGGAGAAGGAGGAGGAGGAGGAGGAGGAGGAGGAGGAGGAGUGCAGCCAUGGGCAUGUCAGGGCCGUCUGAAACGCCUCAAAAUUUGUAUCUAUGCCACACCCAUCGACUCCACCUCCACCACCUCCGCAAACUCCAACUGCACCGCACGCCAAGCCCUCCUCCAACUCGCAACACUCACACAACUCGAACACCUCGACCUCCGUCGGAACCUCAUCGAUGAACGUCCUCUCCUGAACCUCACCCUCGCCUCUGGACUUGAUGCCCUUGUCGCUUUGACUCGUUUGCGGAGUUUUCAGUUUGAUGAUUGCUGUGGCAGUACAGAAGGAAGAGAAGGAUGGGCGAUGGGUGAGGAGGAGAUGGGCUGGAUGUUGAGCCGAUGGAGGGUUUUGGAGGAGGUAACGGGUCUGUUUAGGAGCCCGUCGAUGGCGGAUGAGGAUGAGGUUCGAGCUGUUUUCAACCAGCGCCAUAUCGCUUAUUCUUCUGUUGGAGUAGUAGAAUGGCAUUGA